AUGCGCCUGUCUUCAUCACCUCCCGCGUUCCUGGCCCUGCUCGCCCUCGCCCUGCCCGCCGUCUGCCGCGCUGCCGACGCCGACAAGACCACCACCUCGGCAGCCUGUACCGCCACCAACGUCAAGUCUGGGGCCUUCUUCGACCUCCGUCCCGACACGGCCGUCAGGCAGCCCGCCGACGGCACCAAGCCGCCUCCCGGCGCCCCAACCGCCAACUACGUCGCCAAUGGCUACGACUACGGCUACAACUUCACCCUGAACAUCUGCGGGCCCGUGCUCGGCGAGCUCGGCAACGUCAAGGGCGUCAGCCAGGAGCAGUGGGGGAACAUCAGCGCCUACUACACCUCCAAGGGCGACACCUACAGCCUGGGCUUCGCAUCGAGGGAGCUGAAGCCGAGGGGGAGGAAGCUGGUGCUGCAGUACGCCGGCGGUUCUCUCUGCGGGAAGAGCGUCAAGAGAUCAUUGCCUGCUGGGCCGGCUCAGCGGAGGAGUGUGCAUAGCGGCGCUGCCUACACGGAUUACGAGGACGAGCCCGAGCACGAGCACGAGCAUGCGCACUCGCCCUCGUCCUCGUCAUCUGGCACCCCAACCGAGAGGAGCACCAAGGAGACCGACGCGCCCACCCAGCGAAAGUCCACCACCAUAUCCUUCCUGUGCGACAGAGACCCCUCCGCCUCGGCCUCCGUGUCCUUCGUCGGCACCGACCCAGACGAGUGCGCCUACUUCUUCGAGGUGCGCUCCUCCCAUGCCUGCGCUGGCGCCGAGCCGCACACCCCUGGCAGCGUCGGCCCGGGCACCGUCUUCGGCAUCAUCCUCCUGGUCGCCAUGCUGGUCUACCUGCUCGGCGGCAUCUUCUACCAGCGCACCGUCGCCAACCAGCGAGGCUGGCGACAGUUGCCCAACUACUCGCUCUGGGCCGGCAUCUGGAGCUUUGUCUCGGACCUCUUCGUCGCAUCGACAGCGUCUUGCGCGCGCUUCCUACCCAAUCGAAGGGGGUACCACUACCUCGCCGGCUCGCCUUCUAGGACAAGGCAGAACCGCGAUCGGGAGGCCGAGAAUAGGCUUAUCGACCAGUACGACGAGGAGUGGGAUGAUUGA